CAACCAAUCAGCGGCAAGGGUGUGAUCCGAAAGGUAUGAGACGGUCUAGGGCGAGAAGUACGCCAUGAGGCGGUAGAGUCAUUCAAGAGCGGAGCGCAGCCAUGUCGCUCCCUCUCCCCUAGGUACUGGGUCGACUUGUCGCGUAUUUAAGGCGCGUUGCGGCGGCUACGUUACUACAGUUUCCCGCUCGCCCCGCCUGCCCGCCCACUGCUAGCACCCUCCCUUCCUGCAACAUCAUGCUUGCCUCUCCCUUUGUCCCGGUGUCCGCUCAUAUGUCGGUUGACAUGCCAUUUGUCGUACCAGUAAUGGCCACACAUACCGAUUCGACGACGACAACAACAACACCUGACCCACAUAUCUUCCCGGAGAUGGCUCCCGCCGUGGCUGGGCAGAUUGCCGCUCCUAUCCUCUACCUCCCUCCUCUCCUCUCCUCGCUGCCUUCCUGUCACCACAACGCGGCAGAGCCUUGCCAUGGGGGCCACUUUCCCAUGAAGCCACUUCACACCGAGGUGCGCUUGCCGGAAAUCGACGCAGCUUCGUUAUCGCUCCAUCACGCGCUCCAUCAUUUCCGUCCCCUCGACCGGCAAUAUUCGUCCAAGGAGUAUGCCGAGGCGUUCAACUGGGACGAGAUCAUGUUGCCAGAAGACGAGGAGCGCGAGUGGUACUGCGUGGCAUUCAGAAGCAAACGCAAGCGUGGGAGCAACAGCGAGGCGCUCUAUGUGGCCGAUGCCAAAGCGCAUGACGAGGCGAUCCGGAACGGAGGGUUGAUCAUGUAUAGGUAUGGUGUCCCGGACGAGAGGACCGGCAUGAACUUGGCCACGUGCAUCUGGCAGUCACGCAAACACGCCGUUACGGGCGCCUCCAAACCGUCCCAUGUGCAUGCCAUGAGACUGACGGCCGAGUCGUACGAUGUGUACCGCCUUGAGCGAUAUGUUCUGAGAAAAGCGGCCGGAGAGCGGGCGGUGACCGUGGAAGAGUACCGCGGUGGUGAGGUCGGGUGGUGAUUACGAGCAUAAGGACAUCAAGAACGAAGCCAAGCAGUCAGGGGCUAUCCCAGAGCGGCGGAGCACGUUCGACGUGGAGACGGACGCUCGUAGUGCGGCCAGAUAGAGAUGAGCUGUACCUGAAUACCCAUAGAGA